ACCUCGUAGAGUGCGGAGCAAACUGCGAAGCGUCAGCAGCGUCAGUUGCGUUCAGACAUGGAACAUGGCGAAAGGGUGUGCGUCGUUCUUGAGUGGACAAUCACAUCAGUUAACGAGAUCUUUAGAAAGAAUUUUAGAAGAUGCUCACGUCAGUGGUGAGCUCAAGUUAAGCGGUCGAAAGUUAAAGGAUUUCCCGAAGACUGGAGGCAAAUAUGAUCUCAGCGAUACCGUCACUGCAGAUCUUUCGAAGAACAGGUUUUGGGACCUGCCUAUUGAAGUUACCGAAUUUACGUCUUUGGAGAGGCUAGAGCUCUACCACAAUACCAUCCGCUGCAUCCCAGACAAUGUGGUCUACCUUCAGUCCCUUGUCCACCUUGACCUCAGCCGCAACCAACUUAAUGUCCUUCCAAGUGCUGUGUGCCAGCUACCUCUCCAGGUCCUUCUCUUGGGAAACAACAAACUGGUCAGUCUACCCGAGGACUUGGGGCGGCUACAAGACCUCACCCUAUUGGACGUCUCCUGCAACCAACUUAGUACCCUUCCCCCUCAAAUUGGAGACCUGGCAGAACUUCGUGAUUUAAAUGCUAGUAACAAUGUCCUCUGUGACAUACCUAUAGAACUGACAUAUUUGAGAUUGGAAAGACUAGAUAUUAGUGGGAACCGUAUUUCAAGUUUACCUGUGGAACUGCGGUCUAUGACCUCUUUAGUCUACCUAAACCUUAGUCACAAUCCUUUAACGUCACCCCCUGCCAAGCUUUGUGCAAGAGGGCGUGUUCAUGUUUUUAAGUACCUGGAAACUCAAGCUAUAUCAGAUAUCAAAAAACACCGCAAUGAUGAAUGGAGACGGACGCAUCGAAAGCUGUCUGAUCCUCGUGGAAACCCUAGGCAAAAGAAACGUUACACUGUUGACAGUGGCUACAGUACUUCUGACAACUGGUCGCAAGAAGUUCUAACCGGGAUUGGAGAGGAGCGGUUGGGCAAGCGCUCACCGCUAAUGACAAGGCUGAACGGCAAUGUGCCAGUUACAAGAACAAAUGGAAAUGGCAGCGGGAGUGGUAGUGCCUCUUCAACUCCUUCUACGGGCAGUCCUGGAGACGCAGAAGAUGAUAUAGACAAAGAACCUCAGGAGAAAAAGAGGUUAGAGAGAUCACAAUCAGAUAGGACAGAUGCGCGACAAUUUGAGAAAUCCAACAUUUCCAAAUAUAGUCCGGAUUCACUCACUCCUGAAGCCCCUAUUAAUGGCAACGGACUGGUCGAAGAGAAAAGACCCUUGGAGCACAUUCAAACCUACAGGGAAUACAAGGAAGCGCUUCGAAAUCAGCGUGCCCAGGAAGGAGCCAGUGUGUACAGACCAAGAGUACCUGGAGAACUCACUCCACCAAGUCCAGAAGGAGGGCCAUUAUCACUUCAAUCAUCCCCUGCCCAUAAUGGUCAUCAUGCAAAAGAUGAAACACCUGCAACAGACUCUGCGACCAACAAUGCUCUCUCACCAACUCAAGUGGAUGGCAUUUCAAACAACAUCAUAAAGAAGCCUGUGCAGAAAGUGACACCUUCCCGAAAUAUGAACUUCCCAUCCGCCCUGUCUAAUGGUAAUAAUGCAAAUGGCAAUAAUACUUCAAGCAAUGGUGGUGGGGAUUCUCCGGUGAACAGCUAUACCAAGCCCCUCUCACCAACAUCAAGUGUGGUCAAUGGUGUACCAAAUUCAAUUAUAUCUCCUGGGAAAGGUAUUCCCAGACUGGUUACUACUUCGGUUGGUUAUGUGUCACCUGCUCCAAAUCGCAAUAAAGCAGGUGCAAGAAGUGUAAGGUGGGGUCGUGAUGUACCACCAGAUAAGUUGAGUUUCACUAUGAGAAGAGAGUUUGAAAAGGCCAAAGAGGAGGCUGAGCUCAUCAAACAGCUGCGAACUCAAAUUGAGACUCGUUUGAAAAUGGGUUUACCAGAGGAUAUGGCCCCUGCUCUUGCUGAUGGAGUGGUUUUGUGCCAUCUCGCGAACCAUGUUAGACCCCGGUCUGUUGCCAGCAUUCAUGUGCCAUCACCAGCUGUGCCCAAGUUAACUAUGGCUCGCUGUCGAAGAAAUGUUGACAACUUCUUAGAAGCUUGUCGAAAGAUCGGUGUUGAAGAGGAGGUGAUGUGCGGUAGCGAGGGGGUAGUGCUGGGGAAUGAUGAGGGUUUGAGUUCUCUGGCACUCACCGUGCUUCGCCUACUCGACAUCGCCACAGGCGACUCCAAUGAUCCCAGUGAUGAAGAUAUCUGCACUGAAAAAGAAACUAUCAAAGAUGACCUGUUGAAAAUGGAGACUGCUGCUUACGUUCACUCUCCGUUGCCGAAACAUCCUCAUGACACGGCUAUCACUGUGUUUUGCGCCAUUGUAUUUGUAACUACAGUUGUUCUUCUUUACUUGUUCCCAUUGCCUAAUUAAGUACACCUUUGAGGAAGUGAUUUAUUUUCCCUGACAUUUCUGAAAUAUCUCAGCACAUUCUAGACCUAUUUACCCCUAAACAAGCUUAAAUAGGGGUAUUUGUGCUACAGAAUUCCAAACAUAUAGUUUUUGAAGUUUUCUGAUUACUUACAUGCAGCUUUGUAAGACCACAAUAAACUAUUCUUUACUAAUAUUUGAUUUAUGACAGCUGAAGAAAUUGCGCUUUGUUCUGUACUACAGUUUGUCUUCAGUAUCAGCUACAUUCUUAGGCACACAUCGUAAUGAACUAUGUUCUGUUUCUGUAGUUAGUGAGAAUGCCCACUCUUAUUUUUGAAGUGGUAAAAUAUUUUUUUUUUGGUACUGUAAACCUUGGUGAUGGUUAUGCUUGGUAUUGGGAAUGUGGUAUUUUUAUUGCCUUCUAAUUUUAUCUUAGAUAUUUUAAUUGUUUUGAGAACUUUGACUCAAUCUGUGUGAUAAAAAAAGUGCAUUAUAAUAUAUUUUAAUAUCCACCUUAUUUAAGGUUUUAAAUCUACAAGUAUUGAGCUUAUUUAUUUAUUAUUUCAACGCUGUUUCAUAAGCCUAAAUCAAUUGUGAUAUCUACCAGAAUAAGCUGCGAUUAUGAAUGAGUCAGCUGAAAUGUCAGAUUUUGUGCUUCCAUCCACAUGGUUUUAUGUUUAAAGGGGAAGUUUGUUUUCAACUCAUUGCUCUUGUCAAAGAGUCUCCUUUACUCUCUCCAAUUUGUAUUUUGUUUCUUUCCCAGGCUUUUCCAAUGUGAAUAGUGUACUUAAGUUCUUGUUCAUCAGUGAAUUUUAAAGGUAUCAAAAUGUAUCUAUGUUAAAUUUAUGUGCCUCUUACUGUAGUUGUAAGCUCAUGUGUGUGAUGUAGUUUAGAGCUUUCAUUAUUUAUUAAAGUGAGUUAAAUAUCCUCCUGCUCCCAGGGAAUUAACAAAAGAAAAAAAAAAUUGGGGGCAUAAGAGAUGUACUUGCCUUGCCAUGUCAUCCAUUAUUGUAUUUCAAUAUGCCCUGACUGUAAAUAAUUCGCUGUUGCAGGAAGUUAGUGAUGAGGUAUCAUGACUAGGAAGAAUUUGUUUGUUUGUUACCGUGAACAUCAGAACUGUACUCACUUCUUCUCUUCCAUAGACUUGGAUUCGAUAGCCGUGAUAGGUACUAAUUCACCUCACCUACCUAUUUUUCAACUGCAGCUAUUUUUCUUAUGGCUGUCCCCUAGUCAAGCCACUAGCUAUGAACUACUACUUUGUGUUAUUUUGGAACCAAGACUUGUCUAGUCCUUAUUGUUAGUAUUCCACCAAGUAAACUUAAGACUUCAAUGAUGUACAAAGCAUUAUUAAUUUGGCAGUAUUCUAAUUUUUGUGCUUGUGUAGUGUAUUUAGAAAAGAAACUAUAAAAAUGACUGCUUUUUUUCUCUUAGUUAGAAACUAUUCAAGGUAGGACUGUACAAUUACAAGGACUCCUAUCCAUGGGUUUAUGUCUAUAUGCCAUACCCUUAAGGUUUUAUGUAGUGUGUUAAAUUCCUGGAAUUGUCUUUUCCUGCUCUUCCAAAGAAAACACAUUUCCAUUUAGAUUUUCCCUUGACCCCCCUCCCCUUAGAUUUGUGAUUUUUUAGUCAGUAACUAAUAUAUCAACAACAUUGUUUCCUCUUAAUUGUCAUUCCUUUGUAGCCUAUAUGUUUGUCUAGACACAGGACCACCUUUUGUGGAUUUCAGAUUGUUUGUAAAAAAAUAUUUUUGUCCUACUUAAUUUUGAUUACUAAGAUGCAAUACAAUUUUAGUCCAAUAGUGCAGACUACUGUAAUUUAGUUUUAUAUCCUCUUCAAGUGAUUUAUUUUGUCUGACUUUUGGCGACGUAUCAAAUUGAAAAGCAUGUUGUGUUGCGUAAUGUAACAUUUUGAUUUUUCCAAGAGGGAACACAUGUGAGUUUAUUCUAUUCCUGUGAUUGCACUGACUGGGCAGCAUUAUUGCUCCCAUUAGAAAAAAAAUAUAUGUAUCUAUUUUGAUUUUAGGCAGGAAAACUAUUUUACAUAUGUGUUGCUCAUGUAGCUUCACAGCCUGGUAAAGAAAUGUGUAUUAGUGUCAAUAUUUUCAUAAAUGUGAAAAUUUUAUAUUUUUCUUCUCUUUUUGAGCAUUCCUGGACUUCUUUUACUUUAAUUAUUCAUUGUACGCACAUAUUCGUCCUGCCCAUGUGCACUGAUUCCAUGAAAGACUGGAUGGUGGAUAGUUGGGUCUGUAAACUCAAUUACAAAUCCUCUACUUCACGUGCGCCUUUUGUUCCAUGCUUUCUGCGUUCAGUAUGAUUGUGUCCUUUUUGUUCAAUUUUAACCACUUGCCUAUCUGAUUUUAAAUUUUUCUCUGACAGCUCGCAGUGUACCUCAGCUAAUGUGCCAUGAAUAUACUGUAAUUGAUUAUGUCGACACAAUUUAAGAACCAGAACGCAAUUGUUUGAAUACCUAUUCUCUUCACUGCGUGCUCUGGUUGGCUUAUCAAAUUGAGAUCACAGUUACAAAUGUAAACUUGGAAUUUCAAUUUCAAUUGAAUUUGUUUUAAGUUGUUUUCUGUGGCAUAAUUAUGACUGACUAUGUGUUAGAAAAAGUAGUGGCUGUUGGCAGGCUGGUUCUGCUGUGAACACUGUUUUCAGAAACUUCCUUAAUGUAAUUUCAAUGUAAUUUUAAAAUAUUGUUCACUAGAUUUCCUGAUUCACCCUGAUUUUAAACUCCUUGUGUCAUUGGUUUCAAUGCUUCACCAGUUUACAAAGUAUGAAACGUUGCUAGUGCCUCGCUUAAGAUAUUUUCCACUUGACAAUUGUAAUUUUAGGAAUGCUGUAGGAGGCUAUAUACAUACGGUAUAUUUUUGUCUUUAAUGAUGUGUACUUACUUAACCAAUGUUGUCAUUUAAUUUCAAAACAGAUGUAAUGGCAGUCUUAUGGGGGGAAAAUUUGAAAUAAAAGACAUUCAUGUUACUUGA